UGGAUUGAGUUGAGCUGCGCGUAGAAUUUUCAGAGUUCUCUUUGCUCCCUCCCUCCCAGGUUCCCCCACUCGCUUGCAAACAAUGGCCCGUUUCAAGUCGAAGCAGUCAUCGUCGGCGGCCUCCGAGAAACCGAAGAAGCCUCGAAUGAGCAACGCCGAGAGGUCCUCUUACUUCGCAAGGAGGGAGGCGGCGAAGGUACUACGAUCAGUUCUCCAAGGAGACGCUCACCGACGGGCCGUUGGCUCCAUAAAGUCCCUCGUUUAUAGCCCUUCUGUUAAGAACAAGAAGGCUACUUUCGCUCUCGUUUGUCAAACCCUCAAACAUCUUCCUAUCAUUAAGGACGUGUUAGAGGAUGCUAAAAUAUUGAAUAGUAGAUGGAAGAGGCAAGUGGAGUUGGUUUAUAUAAUCGCAUAUGAUGUUCUUUUUGGUCAGGAAAUUUCAUUUGUUGGUGAUGCGGAGAAAUUUCUGGUACAGAGAAAAGUUCCUCUUCAGUCUGCUUUAGCUCGGCUUUUAGUGAGGAAAAAGAUGAAGCGCAUUGAAGACUUGAUAGAUCAUUAUCAAACACCUGAUGUUUCAAAACCCCGCUAUGUUCGUGUGAACACCCUUAAAUUGGAUGUUGAUUCUGCCUUAGUUGAAUUCAGGAAACAGUACAUGGUGCAAAAAGAUGACCUGGUUCCUGACUUAUUAAAACUCCCACCAAAAUGUGAUCUUCAUGAUCAUCCUUUGAUCAUGGAUGGAAGCAUAUUUAUGCAAGGGAAAGCUAGUUCUAUGGUGGCAGCCGCUCUUGAUCCUGAACCAGGAUGGGAAGUUCUUGAUGCAUGUGCAGCUCCAGGGAACAAAACUGUGCAUCUCGCUGCUCUUAUGAGAGGGAAAGGAAAGGUCAUAGCCUGUGAACUGAAUAAGGAAAGGAUAAAACGUUUAACAGACACUGUCAGGCUAUCCGGCGCACGUAACAUUGAAGUCUUUCAUGGCGAUUUUCUAGGCUUGGAUCCUGAAGAUUCUCUGUAUUCCAAGGUCCGUGCUAUUCUUCUGGAUCCUUCCUGCUCUGGAUCUGGUACGAUUGCUCAGAGAUUGGAUCAUUUGCUUCCAUCUUAUGCUGCGGGCCAAUCUGCAAAUAUUGAUGAAACAGAGAGAAUAAACAAGCUGGCCUGCUUUCAAAAGAAAGCGCUUGAGCAUGCACUGAGCUUUCCACAAGUUGAGAGAGUAGUUUACAGCACUUGUUCCAUCCACCAAAUUGAAAACGAAGAUGUUGUCAAAUCCGUUUUGCCCUUCGCCAUAUCCCAUGGUUUUCGACUAGCAACUCCCUUUCCUCAGUGGCCUCGUCGUGGUCUCCCUGUUCUAGAAGGCUCUGAACAUUUGCUGCGGACAGACCCUGCUGAGGACAAAGAAGGCUUUUUCAUUGCUUUGUUUAUCAGGGAAGACGGAUCCAUGAGCCGCCCAUCAUUAAACCCUGAUUCUGAUACAUCUCGUCCUCCUGUAAAGCGUGCUAGUAAAGGGAGAAACCCGAGCAAGAAAAAGAUGAGAAUUCUAACGCCAAUCAUAUUUGGCGGAAUGUGUAAAAUGUUGUCACAUUGUAAACCUAGUUCGAGGAUUAACUUCACCAAACAGCGGCAUUGAGGUUUUAAUUUGAAGAUAUUUCUCUGUUCUAAUCAUUACGAAGAAAAACGAGCCUAGUAUUGUAUUUGCAUUUUGAUA